UCAUUGUCUUUUCAUUUUUCCUUUCCACACUCAAGAUAACCAUUAACACAAAUAUAUAUCCUCACACAACACCCCACAAUAUUCUGAGCUUAACCCGAUUAAGUAAUCACACUAUGGACAAAAACAAUGGCUCAAACUCUUCUGUGUGCAACAAAAUCCGUCAAGCACUUGCAAGCAACCUUGCUGUUCGAACCGUUCAACGCAUCACAAGCUUCAAUCAAGAACCUAAACCACUCACCAAACAUCCAAAAACACCUUCUUCCAUCACUAACAUUCCUAUCCAAAACAAACCACACUCGAAUCAUAAGGCUCACAGACAAGGACCAGGAUCAGGAUCAGGAGCAGUUCCAAUAAAGCUUGAUCACUCAGCAGUCUCAAGUGCAGCAAAAGGUGCAGAAAGAGCAAACAAAGUUGCUAUAAAAGGUGAGCCUCAUGCACAGCGUGUUCCCAUGCAAGGGUAUAAACAACAGGGUCAUGGGGUGCUCUCAGAAUCACCACAUGGUAAGAAAAUUGACAUCAAUGACCAUUUCAAAGAUUUCAUUCAACAAACGAGGGAGAAAAUGAUGAGAAGCAUGACGAACAUUGGUUGGGGUCAGAACAACCAUGCGGCUGCACCAGAUCAUGAGCCUCAGCAUGGUAGCCACAAAAAUGAAAGCCAUUUUUCUGACUUUAUUCAGCGCGCUAGGAAGAAGCUCAGAACUACAACUACUGUUCGAAAGAAUAAUUACACGAAGAAAGAGUGAGAGUCUGAAUAUUGAAGAAGCUUGAUCAGUAAGUAGUAUUGCUGGUGUGGUGUGGUGUGGUAAAUUAUGAGUUCAGGCCAUCCCUUAUCGGGAUAUGCAUGCAUGAUAUUUCUUUCUUAUAUAUAUGUUGAACUCUUAAUACAUUGAUCUAUAUUUUGAAUUCAGUUAAAUAUUCUCUAUAAAAA